AUGUCCAGUGCGCCAGACAGUUCCGCAGAGAUCAUCCAUGUCAUCUCUUCUGUCAUCACACAAAGUCGCAUCUCGAUAGCGGCAGCGAUCGUGUUCGCGUACGAAUAUGUCAUCACGUUCGACCAAGAGGUCUCUCUAUUCUGGAUGCGCAAGAAGACUGGCGCGACAUGA